AUGCCUAGUUUGAGUUUUAAAGUGAUUUUAUGGUUUUUUGCAGCUUUAAGCCUUAAUGUGUGCGUGGCAUCCCUAGAAUCGAUAACUCUAGAUUUAUCAAAACCUCUAGAUUCAACUUAUAUAGUUUUAAAAAAGAAAGAUUUAUCUAACAUAUUAACACACAAAUACACCCCUACCAAUAAAUCUCAAAUUGUUAGAGUUAUUGACGAUAGGAGUUUAAUUUGGGACGGAACUAGCGGCGAUACUAAAUGUUCAGAAGUGAUAGCACACCUCUUCGAUAAUUCGUCACUAUACUUACACAUCAAGCUAAAUGACCGAGAUUUGGUUAGUGAUUUAUAUUUUAAGAAAGAAGAUGACGUAUGGCAUGCUGUUGAGUCAAGUAAGCUCCCAUACCAGUACCACUUCGAUCAAGAAUCGUAUUCGAUACAUAAAAGCAGCGUCUUCGAUUUAAGUUCAAAAACAAACACGGAUUUAUACACCGUUCACAAAUCAAAGCGUAACGGCAUAGUUUAUGGCACUUAUUCGCCAAAACUGGGAGUAAAAGUGGACAGAGUGGUCUGCGGGAACCAGGUAGUUUGGGGAAAGAGUAGUGAGUCAAAUCUUUUCCAAAUUACAGUUUGCUACUCCGGAAAUACUCCGAUCUUUGCAGAAUUAGUUUUAGAUAACUCUCAGGACCCUGAGACUUUGCAUUUUGAGCGCAAGGGUGACAAGUGGACUCCAAUAUCAAAUAAGUCAUAUAAACUCAAGUUGGACUCGCACGAUUUCACCCUUCCAUUGUUUGAUAUUAAAAGUUUAGAUUCGAGUAGGUUUAAAAUGGAGAAAUAUGAGAUUUCCGGUAUCGACACGUAUGUUUACACUCCCGUGUUGGGAACCUGGGUACAUAACAUUGGGGAGGGGAAUAUGCCUAUAUGGGAGAGUAAGGUGGGAGACUAUGUUGACAAGAUCUGGUUGUACUCUAAAAAUGGCAAAUACGUGACAACGAACCUGAGAAUUGUGAACUCUAACAACGGCAGGAGCAUAAACAACUAUAAAAGGCACAAAGAAGGGUGGAAAUUGACUCUGAAGGAUGAUCUAUGA